GAGGUAGAGGAGGAGGGAGCGGGAACCUCUGGGCGCGAGCGCCGGAAGCCGGUGUCCGGCUCCGUGGCCGGGGUUCGGGCUUGGAGCGAGGAGCGGGGACGCCCGUGGGGUCCCCUCUGGGAGCCACGGGGGACCUGAGGAGGAACUGGUCCAGGAGAGGAUGCAGGGCCGCGUGCCUGGAGCUCCGACCGGCCGGGGUAGUGGGGGGCCUUUGUGAGCGCCCCAGGAGGGCGAGAGUGCGGCGGCGGGGGUGUGUGCGCGCCCGGGUGUGCGCGUGUGUGCGCGAGUGUGAGCGGCCGGCGAGUGUGAGCGCGCGUUAGGGAUUCUGCUGGCAUCGCAGCGUGGAGAGCAGGAGGCAGGAGCCGGGCGCGCAGGGGAGCGCGGGACCCUCCCGCGCACACGCCGCGCGCUCGCUCUCUCUCACACACACACGCACACACACACGCCCUUCCUGCUUCGCUCCUUGCUGCUGCCACCACCAUCUCCAAGCCGAGCUCUGUGGAGCGGGAAUCCGAGUCGGAGCACGGACCCGAGCAGAACUGAGCUGGGGGAUGCGGGCCCAGAGCGGAGCCGAGCGCGGACGGCGCGCCCGGGACGCCUUCUGCACCCGCAGGCCCUGAGAUGCUGGUGCCCACAGCAACGAGGGCAACUGACCCUGGCCCACUGUGCUCACUGGACUCUGCUCAGCCUGAGUUUCCUGCUCUCUGCAUCUUCUGAUCUCUCCAAGUUGCUGUUUUCCCCCAUUUGCUCCCUUGUGUGGGACUCUGCUUCAUAUUGAAGAUUUCCUGCAUUCAUCCACUUAGCUGAUUUUGCUGGGUGUCAGCCCCACUCUCCAGCCCUGAACAACACGGUGGUCAGAAGUUGCUGAGCUGGUGGAGUUGGUUUCCGAGUGUCUGGUGGUGUUCCAUGGAUUGCCUCUAGGUGUCCCGCUGAAGAGCCCCUGAGCCCUGAGCUGCUGGAGGAGGACCCUGUGGCCAUGUCCUGGCUGCCUUGAGCCUGUGGACUACACGGCCUCCUGCCCACGUCUCCAGCCCAGACCAGCUCCUGAGCCUGCUCUUCUCCCCACCCUCCUCAAGCUUCAGGACAGCAGAGAACAGCAGCAGUCACGUGCAUGCUGGGACCGCGAAGGACAGGUUGCUGCUCCCCAGGCCCCCAGAGGCCGGUCUGUUUGCCUCCAGGCACCAUCUGACCCAGGUGAGCGAGAGGAUGCUGGCGGGGGGCGCAAGGAGCAUGCCCAGCCCCCUCCUGGCCUGCUGGCAGCCCAUCCUCCUGCUAGUGCUGGGCUCGGUGCUGUCAGGCUCGGCCACAGGCUGCCCACCUCGCUGUGAGUGCUCGGCCCAGGACCGUGCUGUGCUCUGCCACCGCAAGCGCUUCGUGGCAGUGCCCGAGGGCAUCCCCACGGAGACGCGCCUGCUGGACCUGGGCAAGAACCGCAUCAAGACCCUCAACCAGGACGAGUUUGCCAGCUUCCCGCACCUAGAGGAGCUGGAGCUCAACGAGAACAUCGUGAGCGCCGUGGAGCCCGGCGCCUUCAACAACCUCUUCAACCUCCGGACGCUGGGGCUCCGCAGCAACCGCCUGAAGCUCAUCCCCCUGGGCGUCUUCACAGGCCUCAGCAACCUGACCAAGCUGGACAUCAGCGAGAACAAGAUCGUCAUCCUGCUGGACUACAUGUUCCAGGACCUGUACAACCUCAAGUCGCUGGAGGUCGGCGACAACGACCUCGUCUACAUCUCCCACCGGGCCUUCAGCGGCCUCAACAGCCUGGAGCAGCUGACGCUGGAGAAAUGCAAUCUGACCUCCAUCCCCACGGAGGCGCUGUCUCACCUGCACGGUCUCAUCGUCCUGCGGCUCCGGCACCUCAACAUCAACGCCAUCCGGGACUACUCCUUCAAGAGGCUGUACCGGCUCAAGGUCCUGGAGAUCUCCCAUUGGCCCUAUCUGGACACCAUGACCCCCAACUGCCUCUACGGCCUCAACCUGACGUCCCUGUCCAUCACACACUGCAAUCUGACCGCCGUGCCCUACCUGGCCGUGCGCCACCUGGUCUAUCUCCGUUUCCUCAACCUCUCCUACAACCCCAUCGGCACCAUAGAGGGCUCCAUGUUGCAUGAGCUGCUACGGCUGCAGGAGAUCCAGCUGGUGGGCGGGCAGCUGGCUGUGGUGGAGCCCUAUGCCUUCCGCGGCCUCAACUACCUGCGUGUGCUCAACGUCUCUGGCAACCAGCUGACCACCCUGGAGGAGUCCGCCUUCCACUCGGUGGGCAACCUGGAGACUCUCAUCCUGGACUCCAACCCUCUGGCCUGCGACUGCCGGCUCCUGUGGGUGUUCCGGCGCCGCUGGCGGCUCAACUUCAACCGGCAGCAGCCCACGUGCGCCACACCCGAGUUCGUACAGGGCAAGGAGUUCAAGGACUUCCCGGAUGUGCUCCUGCCCAACUACUUCACCUGCCGCCGCGCCCGCAUCCGGGACCGCAAGGCCCAGCAGGUGUUUGUGGAUGAGGGCCACACGGUGCAGUUCGUGUGCCGGGCGGAUGGCGACCCGCCGCCCGCCAUCCUCUGGCUCUCACCCCGCAAGCACCUGGUCUCGGCCAAGAGCAAUGGGCGGCUCACGGUCUUCCCCGACGGCACGCUGGAGGUGCGCUACGCCCAGGUACAGGACAACGGCACGUACCUGUGCAUCGCAGCCAACGCGGGUGGCAACGACUCCAUGCCCGCCCACCUGCACGUACGCAGCUACUCGCCCGACUGGCCCCAUCAGCCCAACAAGACGUUUGCCUUCAUCUCCAACCAGCCGGGUGAGGGAGAGGCCAACAGCACCCGCGCCACCGUGCCUUUCCCCUUCGACAUCAAGACCCUCAUCAUCGCCACCACCAUGGGCUUCAUCUCCUUCCUGGGCGUGGUCCUCUUCUGCCUGGUGCUGCUGUUCCUCUGGAGCCGGGGCAAGGGCAACACGAAGCACAACAUCGAGAUAGAGUACGUGCCCCGGAAGUCAGACGCGGGCAUCAGCUCGGCGGACGCGCCCCGCAAGUUCAACAUGAAGAUGAUAUGAGGACAGGGCCGGGGGCAGGGACCCCCGGCGCGCCGGGCAGGGGAAGGGGCCUGGCCGCAGCUGCUCACUCCCCGGUCUUUCCCACCUCCCCUGUGCCCCUCCACACACUCUUUCUCCCUCCCACCCCCGCUGCCCCCCGCCAGCCCUCACAACCUGCCCUCUUUUUACCAGGACCUCAGAAGUCCAGGCCUGGGGACCCCACCUGCACAGGGGCUUGCAUUGACAAACUGGAGUGAAGAGCCGACGAACAGACAGGCAGCAGAGUCAAUGAUUCAAUUAAAAAAAAAAAAAGUUACGAACUUCCUCUGUAACUUGGGUUUCAAUAGUUAUGGAUUUUUAUGAAAACUUGAAAUAAUAAAAAGAGAAAAAAACUAUUUCCUAUAGCUAGUCGGAAUGCAAACUUUUGACGUCCUGAUUGCUCCAGGGCCUUCUUCCAACUCAGUUUCUUGUUUUUCUCUUCCUCCUUUCUCUUCUCUUCCCCUAUGGGGAGGGAUCACUCAGGAAAACAGGAAAGGAGGUUCCAGCCCCCACCCUCCGCCCAUGUGCUGGGGCGCCAUCAGGAGCAGGCUGGGUGGCAGGUCUGGGCGCUGCUCUGGGCUGGCUGGGUGCAGGGAGUGAGUGGAGGGGACAGGGCUGCCCAAUGGGGUUGGGGGCCUGUCUGCCAGGCAGCUCUACUGCGUGGAGGUUGGGGGAGUCUCAGCUCCCGUGUGGUUGGGACUCUGGACAGGGACUGGGGCCCUCCUGGGGGAUGGCACAGUCAGUGGAGAGAGCCAGGAGCCAAAGGCUGGCCUGACACCUGACCUCUGGCCCCAGCUCUGCUGCUCACUUGCUGUGUAGCCUCAAGCAGGUCUCCUCUGGGCUCCUCUGGGCUCCUCUGGGCUUCAGGGUCCACAUCUGUACAAAUGGGAGCAUUCCUUGCCCUGCCUACCUCACAGGGCUGUUGUGAGGGACUGAUGAGAUGAUGUAUGUGAAACACUUUGUAACCUGUAAAGCCUGUGCACACGUGUGGGUGACUGUU